UUUAUUUAGAAUAGUGUUACAAAACAAAACACACUUCAGAAAAUUGAAAAUUAAUUAUUUACUAUAUGCUUAUUUUGCGUAUCAUCCACGGGACUUAAUAUACCGAAAAACCGAACCUCAGAUUAUAACUUUCGGUGACGUAAAGUAUGGCAUUGACAUCGAGGAAUUAGUAUUUCCUAUUUCACACGUAACGAUUUACAUAAUUAAUUGGUUUUUAUUUCUUAUUUUCUGUAUUAACGGUGCCUAUAAGAGUGCAACAAGCAACGAAUACCAUUGUAAGUUGAAGGUUGCCGAGAUUGGAUUAGCUAUGUGAGAGAAGGCAAAGAGCAAUGACGGGGGUUCAGCCUUUGGAGACCGGGUGUGAAAGUGGAGAGCCACUGCUCGACACCACCCACUGGAAGGAGUUCGUGUGUGGCGGUGGCGCCGCCUUCUGCAACAUCAUCAUUAGCUACCCUCUUAACAAACUCAUAUUUAGACAGAUGAUGCAUGGAGUAGAAACAACUUUUGCCUUAAAUCAAUUACAAAAAGAAGGUGCAGCAUAUCUGUACCGUGGGAUGCUGCCACCCCUCUUGCAGCGCUCCGUGUCCAUGUCCCUCAUGUUUGGAGUGUACAAUGAAGUUCUGCAACCUCAACUGAAACACUGUGUCAAUCCUUACGUUGCCAAAACAGUAGCAGGCUUGGUGGCUGGUUGUGUUGAAGCAACCCUCAUGCCAUUUGAAAGGAUUCAAACCUUACUUAUCCACCCUAAAUAUCAUAAGGAAUUCAAAAACACAGCACAUGCGACUCGUCACAUUGCAGGUAGGUAUGGGAUUAAAGAAUUUUACAGAGGGCUAACUCCCAUAUUGAUGAGAAAUGGUCCCUCAAAUGCUAUGUUCUUUAUAAUACGUGAUGAAGUGCGGCUGCUAUUGCCGCCGCAAGAGCGAGUACUGUAUAAAAGCCUUCAGGACUUCCUGGCUGGCGCGACUAUUGGUGCUUUUCUGAGUACUUUGUUUUAUCCCCUCAACGUCAUUAAAAUUGCAAUGCAAUGUGAAUUAGGAGGAGCUCAUAGGACAGUGGCAUAUGAGUUUAGAUAUAUUUUACGGAAAAGAGGCUCUAAAUUUGCAAAUUUCUACCAUGGAGCUCUUCUUAACAUUUCUAGAGCAUUCUUAAGUUGGGGAAUAGUGAACGCUUCCUAUGAGGUGUUUAGGAAAAUGCUUUAUACCUAGUCAGCUGUAUGUAU